UUCCUGUUAGGGAAGUAACUUUCACGUGGCUCAGGUUCUCUGUGAUGAAUUGUAUUCUUCUUUAACGUUAAAGAUUUUACUUUGAUAUAACCAUGCGGCCUUUAACGGACGAAGAAACCAAGACAAUGUUUGAGAAGCUCUCAAAAUACAUUGGAGAGAAUAUCAAACUCUUGAUAGAACGCCCAGACGGAACAUAUUGUUUCAGACUUCAUAAUGACCGCGUGUAUUAUAUAAGUGAGAAAAUUCUGAAAUUAGCCACAAACAUCUCACGAGACAAGCUGAUAUCCAUCGGCACAUGUUUUGGAAAGUUCACUAAGACACAAUUGUUCAGACUGGCCAUCACUGCUCUGGACUUCCUUGCGCCAUAUGCUAAGUUCAAGGUUUGGGUGAAACCUGGAGGAGAACAAUCUUUUCUUUAUGGAAAUCAUAUCAUGAAGUCAGGUCUGGGCAGGAUCACAGAAAACACUGCUCAGUACCAGGGAGUAGUUGUGUAUUCUAUGGCUGAUGUUCCUUUGGGCUUUGGUGUUGCGGCCAAGACUACACAAGAAUGUCGGCGAGUGGACCCCAUGGCCAUUGUUGUGUUUCAUCAGGCAGACAUAGGCGAUUACAUCAGAAAUGAGGACGUGCUAACGUAAGGUGGAAUCUGAAACAUAAAACAGACUCACUUGCAGCUCUGGUUGUGACCACCAUGGACCGCAAGUACUUUCAGGAGACCGUCUCAAAGGUCUUUGACCAAGUGCUUAAUUGUCUUGUUCCACCAUUACACACAAACCAUUGUGACCACUGGCUAGUCAAUACUUGACUAUCACUUGUACACAUGUUAAAAUGUACUGUAGAUGUCAGUAGUGUUCCUCCUCUGCGCAUUUAAGCAUAGUAUGCAAAACCCUCAAAAUCUAAAUGUAAUUUUCAUACUUGUAUUCUGUUGUCUUGUCAAACAUGUGAAGAUGUAAUACAUUUAAUAUGAAGAUUCUCAGUAAACAAUGUUUGUGAUUAAAAAUUCUGUCAUCA